AUGUCGUCCCCGGUUGAAGUGGACGUGGACGUGCUCAUCGUUGGUGCGGGCCCCGUCGGUCUGAAUCUGGCAUACCAACUUCGACGAUUCUCGUCACCGCCCAUCUCUCCACGUCCAGAAUCAGCACCUAUAACGAUCCACAUUGUGGAAACACACCCCAAACCAGUGCAAGAAACAUUUGGGCGUGCCGUGACUUUCUGGCCACGAUCAAUGGAGAUCCUGUCCCAGAUGGGGCUUGCGGAACAGAUCACACAGCAGUGCGUCGCCGUACGGUCGUCCGCGGCGUACGACUCUACCGGCACCGAGGUAUUUGGACGAGGAUGGAGCUUUUUGGAGGGUAUUGAAGAUACGAGAUUUAAGUUUGCCAGUGUGCUGCGGCAGAAAUUCGUCGAGGACAGUUUUCGGGCCGAGCUGCGGAAACUGGGUGUUGAGGUCAGUGAGAUGAGGAAGUUUGUCGGACUCGAAGUUGAUGAUUCUGUGGGAGUCGGUGGAAAGGGGAGAGUCAAGGCUAGGAUCUUCGACAGCAGUGCUGGUGAGGGUAACGAGAGGGAAUAUAUGGUGAAGUGUCGUUAUUUGAUCGGGUGUGACGGAUCAAGAACCCUCGUACGUGGCGCCGCAGGAAUAGAGUCUGACGGAGACAGGACGGAAGAUAAAUGGGUGAGGAUUGACGGUGUCUUGAAAAGCACGACAAUGCCGAAACCUCGAUCGUACGGUGCCAUUGAGAGCCCCAUCUACGGCAACGUACUUUGGAUUCCCCUCGACCAUGGAGCGACCAGAAUUGGAUUUGCGCUGAACGAGGAGCGAAGGAAGAUGUACAAAGAGUUGAAUCAAGAGGCUUUUGUUCAGGAGGCCCAACUCUCGGUCAAGCCGUUCGACAUUGAAUACGAGAGAGUGGAUUGGGCAAGCGUGUACAGUGUCGGCCAACGUGUCGCAAAGAAUUUCUGGGCCAAAGAAUCUGUCUUCAUUGCGGGCGAUGCAGCUCACAGCCACAGUUCGGGCGCUGGACAAGGCAUGAAUGCUGGUAUGCAUGAUGCCGUUAAUCUCGGUUGGAAGCUGGCGCUCGUGUUGAUCGGCGUAUUGAAACGGGAAAUCCUGGAGACCUAUGAGCUCGAGAGGAGACCAAACGCAAGGAAACUGAUCAAGUAUGAUGAGGAUAUCAGCGUCCUUGUCUCAGGGAGGUUACCUAAGGACCGGGCAGGUGACAAGAGCGAGGAUCCGAAUGUUGUACUUGGAAGGAUUUUGCAAGAAGCUAAAGGAUUCAACACCGGCCUCACGAUUGGAUUUGAUCCCAAUAUCGCCGUUUCGAGAGAGGACGACGGCGACGAAGGUGCCGAAAUUCUUGCUAAACGGUCCAUCAUCCCCGCUCCGGCCAUUCCAGGUUACCGUGCGCCAGAUGUUCAAUUGUUAACGCCGGCGUUAUGGGAGCCCGUUUGGUUGCAGACUCUCUUGACCAACGUAGCGAGAUUCUACGUGCUUGUUUUUAUUGGAAAGUCACCACAAGGAAAGGACUCAUUUAUGGCAAUGAAGUCCGACGUUGGGAAGAACAAAUACCUGCAGGACCAGAGGACCUCAACUCCAAAAGCAGAGACAAAUGGUGUUCAUUUGAAUGGCUCUUCUGCUCCCAUGCGACCUUGGCCCGUGGACUUUAUCACCAUUCUGCCCGAAAAGGUCGGCAAUGCUUGGUUUGAGCUGGGAACCGAUCCUCUGGGGAAGGUGUACUAUGACAGGGACGGCGAGGCGAACCAGAGGUACGGCGUUGAAAUUGACUCAGGGGUCGUGUUCGUUGUCAGACCAGACGGCUGGAUCGGGGCGAGGUUUCCUAUGGCCCAAAAGGGCCUUGUGGACGAGAUUGAUGCGUACUUGGGUAGAUUACUUCAUCGAUAA